UUCUUCGCCUUCUCCUUGGUCAAACCGCCUUUCGCUCUUCUCUACCCCCCUUAAAAAAAGUAGCGGCACCCGGAGCGGAGAACCAACCCAGGUGCGGGCUGGGAAUCGAGGCGGGGCACCUCCACAAUCUCCCUCUCUCUCCCCCUCUCUCCUGGUUCUUUCGGUGUGUUCCUCGUUUUCCGGGAGAGGCCGGGGGAGUUGUUCUUGUCCAGUGGAGUCGGUCCAGACCUACCCUCGCCCGUCUGCGCCCGGCAAGAUCUUUGUUUCCCCCCGUUCGCGGCGGCUCCCUCCCUCCCUCCCUCCCUUCUUGGUUGGUGGGAGGCGAAGAAAUUUUAGGUCGUCCGGUUUCGCCUGAAUUGUUUCUUCUCCGUCACCGGCGGGAGCACAUGAUCUGAACCCCUCCGCGCCGCGCCGCUCCGUCCAUCCGCCUUCUGUUUCGGGGGAGGAGAAGACGGAUCAAUCGUUCGGUAUCGGAGCUGAGGAAGAUUUCUUGCUCACAUGGCCGGCACCAGCGAUCGUGGAUCCCUCAUGGAGGACUGGAUGGCCAUGCCGCCGACACCCAGCCCGAGAACGCUCAUGUCAAGCUUCUUGAAUGAAGACUUCAGCUCUGGUCAAUUCUCCAAUUUUUUCGGCGAACAUGUGAGCAACAAGCCCCAUGAUCAAUCAGAGAAGAGAGGAGAGCUUGUGGAUUUGAGGGAGCAAGUGCCUGCUCAGUCAGCUACAGAUACAGCUACACCCCAAAAGGAUUUUUCCCUGCAACCAAAUUCGUUCAAUGCUAAUCAGAAAUCAAACCCACAGGGAUCUCUAGCUGAGCGCAGGGCUUCGAGAGCUGGUUUCAGUAUCCCCAAGAUUGAUACAUCUCGUGUGGGUUCAUCCACAGUUAUUCGAUCACCCAUAGCAAUUCCACCUGGUCUUAGUCCAACUACUCUUCUUGAGUCACCGGUCUUUCUCUACAAUGCUAUGGCACAGCCUUCUCCAACCACUGGCAAACUGUUCGUUGCUUCAGAGGCUAACUCAACAAUGCCACCAGAUAGCACGUUCAGUAACGAUGUUUUCUCCUUCCAACCCCACUCUGGCCCAACAAGUUACUCAAAUGUGGAAAAGGGUUACAAUGUUUGCCACCAAAACCAGUCGUUGUCAAAUAUUCAUCAGCAGGGAUCCAGUCUUCAGUCAAGCUUUACUGCAGCCAAGGACAGUGCCGACGAAACAAUCGUUAAACCGAAGACAUCUGACUCUGUGUUCAGUGAUAAUCACUCUUCUGAAGAACAGGAAGAUGACGAGGGAGACCAAAAUGAAGAAUACUCUUCUGCCACAAAUAGCAACCCAGCUGAAGAUGGAUAUAACUGGAGAAAAUAUGGACAGAAGCAAGUUAAGAGCAGUGAGCAUCCAAGGAGCUAUUACAAGUGCACACACCCAGAUUGCCCUGUCAAGAAAAAGGUGGAACGCUCUCAAGAUGGUCAGAUAACAGAGAUAGUCUACAAGAGUUCUCACAAUCACCCUUUGCCGCCUCCAAACCGCCGCUCAGGUAUCCCUUCGUUGCAAAUUAAUGAUCCACAAGUCCAUCUUCUAGAGAAACCUGGUUUGCACACAGGGGUCAACACUGCAUCUUUGUGGGAAAAUGGUAAAAGUGAGUGCAUUCAAGAUAUGCAAGGUGUUGAGGGAAGACCAGCUGCUGGCCCUCCUGUAUCUGCAUAUGGUGAUACAUCUAUCAUGGAGUCCCAAGAUGCAGCUGAUGUCUCGUCAACGCUGUCCAAUGAGAUUGAUAGAGCAACACAAGGCACCAUUUCUUUAGACUGUGAUGUAGGUGAAGAUGAGACUGAAUCCAAAAGAAGGAAACUGGAUGCUUUAGCUGCUGUUACCAUUCCUACUGCGACCACCACCAGUUCAAUUGACAUGGUGGCUGCAGCAUCAAGAGCUGUCCGGGAGCCUCGUGUUGUAGUUCAGACAACAAGCGAGGUUGACAUCCUUGAUGAUGGUUAUCGCUGGCGCAAGUAUGGUCAGAAGGUUGUUAAAGGAAACCCAAAUCCAAGGAGCUACUACAAAUGUACGCACCAGGGCUGUUCAGUGCGCAAGCACGUGGAGAGAGCGUCGCAUGAUCUGAAAUCCGUGAUCACGACAUACGAGGGAAAGCACAACCAUGAAGUUCCAGCAGCCAGAAAUAGCGGGAACGCGGGCAGUGCUCCAGCAUCUGCGCCGCAGGCCAAUCUCUCACACCACAGGCAAGAACAAGCGCAAGGCAGCUAUUCUCAGUUUGGUGGCGCGUCUCCCUUCGGUUCCUUCGGCCUUCCGCCUAGAGGCCAUCUGGGAGCGGCAGGCAACUUCCACUUCGGGAUGGCCCCUCCAGGCAUGUCGAUGCCGCCGAUGCCCGCCGCUCGCCAUCCGUCAAUGAUGCAGGGCUACCCGGGGCUCAUGAUGCAGGAAGGACAGAUGAUGCAGGAAGGACAGAUGAAGGCGGAGCCAGACCAGCAGUCUGGCUUCCCAGCGUCAUCGGCUUACCAACAGAUGAUGGGCAGGCCCCCCUUUGGUCCCCAGAUGUAAAUAAUAGGAUGCAAAAAAAGGAAAGAUAGAUGUGCUCCGGCUUGCCUGUAUACAUGGUAGCUUCGUUCUAGUUUCUCUUGGUCACCAUUUUUUUUAAUCUCGUGGGCAUUUUUUGUAAGCAAAGAAUGCAGAGGACGGUUCUCAUA